ACCCAGCGAGCAGUAAUUCCUACUUGAGGUCGAAUAACGCAUUCAAUGACAGAAUCACCAAGAUGAAUCAAAACAUGUGCAGUUAUUGUUUAAGAAGAGCUUUUAGUACCACAGCUAAUGUUUACAGACGUAAAACGCCCAUAUGGCCCGCAAAAAGAAGCAGACGGCCAUUUGACGAACGAUUCCCAGUGUCAGCUAAGCACGUGAACGAACAGAAACUCGGGGGAAGCAAAGAACUGGCCGAGAAAGUUGCAAUUCAUCAUGCUCAACCCACUGGAUUUGUUCACAUGAAAUACAAACGCUUCUUUCGAGUGAAAGAAAUGAUGCCAGAGUUAGUUGUUCCAGAUCUUAAAGACUGCAAGCUGAAGCCAUAUGUCCCUUACAACGUGUCGACAAUUCACCAAAGUGAGUUUACAGCUCAAGAUCUCUUCAAUACGUGCUAUGCUAAGGACAUCGACAAGAAGUUUAACGAAGGAGAGUACGAAGUUGACGAUUACGAGAUCGUCAAAAAGCCGUCGUCAUCCUGAUCAUCAAAUAUUGACGGCGGCCAGAUGUCAGUCGUCAGGGGGACGGGGAGUGAAACUCUCCACCGUGUAACAGAAUCAGACAGGUGUGCGGAGAUAACCAUCAGGUGUAUCAGUUACAUCAUCAGCUUACCUGACGUCAUCAGCCGUGGAGUCGCGUCCUUCAGUGUCCGUCCUCAUGUCAACACACUGUCUGUGAUUGGUUUGAAAGAAUAAAAUAGAACUUUGGAACUGUAGAAAUUUAUUUGUCGACGUUAUAUGUAUUAAAUGUAUAUGUUCAUAUGUGUAUGAAAAAUAAAUUUAUAAACUAAGA